CCUCCCUUCCGCCUCUAUACUAUGUUCUCCUCCCUCUCUCAUGUUAAAUAGAUUACAGGGGAUUCACUUAUUUAAAGGCUUCGACAAAAGCUGUGUGUGCAAUAUUUUUAGGUUGGCUUAGAGAAAUUUAACCCACACAUUGUGAGCACAAAACUGGAGGAAUCUAAUUACAACCUAGCAAGCCAAACCCAGCCCAUCCUACACAGUCUGGACAUGGGACCUCACAUUGCCUUCCACGAAAGACUUCCUCAGUAGCUCCAGGAAAACAUCAGCUGCAGCAGCCUCGUCUGACCGUACGCCGACUGCAGCCUGGUGCAUUUUUUCUUUGCAGGAGACAGGAGCCUCACCGAGAGCUCCGCACACCGGUUCCCAAGCUGUCUCUUCGGCUGCUUCCCGCGAUUAUUAUGGACAAUGACGAGGACGAUGAUGGGAACUUCACCAAGUGGAUGAGCAGUUACUGGGGACAUGGGGUAGGGGAUGAACACACCAAAGAUAGGAAAAGGAGUUUUAAGAGGCCCUCGCGCAACAAAGCUGACCGCCGUGCCUCUUUGCCCUGCAUGUCUCAGUUGGAAGCCAUUCAGACGAAUCAUCUCCAUGCAAACAACAUGGUCCCUGUCCCUGUCCACCUAAAGGGCCGUGAGGAGAAGGAAAUGCAUUCACAUCCUCGUGCCCGCCGUGUGUCUUCAGAUGAAAACAGCCGACCCAAAGCGGGGGGACCUGAAAGUCACAUCAGCACCAUUCCAGAGCUCACUAAGUGCUUAGAGAAGAGGCUGCGUUUCAGUAACCAGAAGGGUGAUGCAGAAAGCAUAUGUCUUAUUUGCCAUGAAGAACUACGGAAUGGAAGGGGUGGCAUCCUAGAACUUCACUGUGGCCAUCAUUUUCAUAAAGAGAUAAAAUGGCCAGAGCAUGGCACACGUCCUCGUAGUGGGAGUUCUGCACCUGCUUGUGAGCGAAGAAAAGAGAUACCGUUCUGCCCUGGACAGGAGGAAUAUCGCUUACCCCAUCGCCAGUUCUCUUUACGUAGACAACGUUGAUUGUUUUUAGUUUAACAUACACUCUAAAAAAUAAAGGUUCUUUAUUGGCUUCAAUGGUUCCAUGCAGAACUUGUACCCGUUAUGUGGAACUUUUCUAUUGCAAAAAAGGUUCUUAAUAGUGGAAAAGGGUUCUUUAGAUUAUUAAAAUUUUACUUUUUAAAAGUAACCUUUUUAGAUUUUUAAGUGUACUUUAUGUAUGAAUAGUAUACAGUAAUCACUCAGUAUAUUAUCAAAAUACUUUUAAUUGUCAGUUUUACUUUGUGGUCAGCUCCAGAAACAAAAUGAACCACAUCUCUUGUUUACAGGAAAGUUUAGUCUUUUCCCCCCUUUUGAAAUCAAAAAAGCAAAGAGCAAUAGUAAUUACCAGCAUCACCUCCCCCCCCCCCACCCCAAGCCAUUUACAUUUUUUUUUUUUAAUAUUGCUGUUUCAAAUGGCAUGUUUUAGUACUUUUUGUGCUUUUCCUAUGGUAAGAAUCAUAUAAACAAUAAUAUGGUUAUGAUAGUCUAAAAUCAAAUUUUAUGUAAAUCAAAGUUAAUGUGCAUUGAUCCGAUAAACUGUUUUUAUUAUUCAUGGUCCUGUUGGAUUAGAAAACCAAACUGUGAAUACAAGAUUUUUUGGGGGGCUUAUUUUGGAUUUAGAAUUAUGGAUGCUGAAACUGUAAAUAUGACAAAUCAUCCUGACAUCCUGAAUUUGCAUAAAAUAUGUUGGGAGUGGCAGUUAUGAAGCUACAGUUUUUAUGCAUGCAGUUUCAUGCAUGCAGUAGUCAGAUUUAAAUUCUAUAUAUAUAUAUAUAAGUGGUCGACUGAUUCAUUGGUUUUUCCGAUUAAUUGGUUACUACCCCCCUUGUUCAAAUUGCUACCUGAUUGCCUAAUCCUAACCCCAACCCUACUCCUAACCCCUCCCACACACCUACUCCUUAACCUACCAAUUCUAGGGGGGUAAUAAUUCGGCAUGGGGUCGAAAUUGGGCACAACACCGGAACUAUCGGUUAUCGGCAAAAAUCCAUGCCGAUAGUUUUCUGGGUUGCAUCUGCUGCUGGAAUUGCUAAGAAGGGUCCACUGGCAUUAUACAGUAUGAGAACGGCCAUUAGAGGUUGAAAUUACUUACAGUACGUGUUGUUUAUUUUGACACGUGACACUGCGUGCUGCACAGAGCGGGAUACUCCAGAUGCACAUUUAAAUCCAGCCAACAGAAAAUCCUGCAGCAGAACAUAUGUAUCUAUAUGAAUGUAAUUGUAAUGCUAUGGCCUUGUGUAGAUAUUUAAAGAUGGCCAUCUUUAAGCAUGAAAUUAAAUGGUAAUGCUUAAAGGGUUAGUUCGCCCAAUUCGCAAGAUUAUGUCAUUAAUAACUUACCCUCAUGUUGUUCCAAACCCGUAAGACCUCCCUUUA